AUGACCGAGAUCACACCUGGGCGCAUCCAAAAUGGUUAUCCCGGACUUGCAAAACUGUUAGCACAAGAUUUAAAUGAAUGGUCAGGAAUCUUCAAGCAGUUCGCUGAGCUCAACGUCCGCAACUUGCUGUAUAUGCAGGCUGAACUUCUUUGCUUAGAACAAGAACUCGAGGCUAUCACUCAUGUUGAUGAGAAUGGAAAUGACCCGACCACGAAGAACUUCGCCAGAAGUGUAUGGGAGAUGAAGAAAGCGCCCGACAGCGCGCAGUGGGACAAGAUCCUUGAGAUCAGAAAGAAGCUAAGGGAAUACAACGAUUGUUUGCUCCAACAAGCCCGCGUUUCAAAGCUGGAUCGAGCCCAAGUCUCCGAUUCGAGAUGGUUGAGAUACUGGUUACAGCACAAUGAAGGUGGUAGAGACUUCCUCAAAGGAUGCGAACGCCGAGCGUAUGACGAAUUGGAGCAGCCAGAUCUUAUCGUUGUGUCAAACAAGUCUUCUGAUGACAAAUUUUUACAGUGGCUAGAGCUGAGCUUAGUACCUCGCCUUCCCAACAUCAUAUACGAUCUUCUCGUAGAACCGAUAGUCGGAUCAGAGAGGCUAGUCAGUCGCAUCAAGCUUGGAAUCUUACGAAAAAUCGCUCGAGCUCUGGUUAUUGUGCUGUCUGCCAUCUUGCCAUUUACAGCCAUUGUCGCACUGUAUUUCAUAGAAAAUCUUCGGCAUAGGAUCGCUAUGAUUGCUGUGUUCUCAGGAGUAUUUGCCUUGGUCUUGACUAUCUUCACAACAGCCCGCCCUGUUGAGAUAUUUGCAGCCACUGCGGCAUUCACUUCGGUGCAGGUAGUUUUCGUGGGUGGUACUAGUAUCGAAGGCGGGCAAUGUCAAUACCAGAUCCUUCCUCUCUCUCUGACGCACAUCAAUUACGUUUUUCCCAAUGGUACACACUUGACGUGGUGGGUGACAUUGCAGAGCACUUCAAUGAAAGCUAGCCGCAAGAAGUCCUAUCAGGCCCCUCACAGUUUACCGCAACAAAAACUGAACCAUUCUAACACAACGACCGACGGAAAAACAUACGACGAUCAAGGCAUACCAUACGUUCAACUCAACGAAGAAUACGAUUCAAAUGUUGAGCGAUCAUGGACCAACGACCCAAAAAAGUUAUAUCUUUCUGCUUGCUUCGAUCCAAAAGACGAAGUAAACGUAGCGAACGAUUACAACAUUGAUGGCCUCUGUCCGGUAGUCAAAGAAACCAAGGGCGACGAAUUUAUAUUGCGAGACGACAAGGGUCGAUGGUAUCUCUGGGAUGCAUGGGUUGGUGAGUUGAUGAAGUUCAGAGAUUGGUGGGUCGAAGGCUUCACAACAAAGGAAGAGUUAGUGGAGAAUCUUGUUUGCAACAUGACCGAGGCGCAAGCGGACGUGGAAUUCAUCGAAAGAAAGCGUAGAGACAGUGUGAAGGGUUCCGCUAGUCUCAAAUUUCCAUUAUCAAACAACAACAUGCCUCAGUAUCUCGUUAGGCUUGCGCAAGCACACGAGACUUUCCGAAAAGUCGAACUGCAAGCGCUAGCCGACAUUGCAGGAGUGCCUCUACAGUUUGUAAACUAUGAAGAAGAUUCACCCUACUGCAUUGUCGAUCUGCCGUCAGACGCUGCGGCACGAAGAGUCAUCGCACGGAGCAUCCUAGCACAGGGUAUAUACGAGCUAUGGGGCCAAGGAUCCACAUACGACGCCCUUCACGACUCCGUCCGCAGUCUGACCACGUCCUGGUGGCCCCAGUACAUUACCGCGUCUUUCCGUUUUACGAUAGAAGGCUAUCGCGGGAGUAGAUCGAAUGAUGAACAGCGCGACAUCAUUGACAGUUUCUCGUACAUGGCUUUCAAAGGGACUCCACAGAUGCGAAACCCAGAUGUCGCGUUCCGUGUCUUUGAAGAUUACGAUCUUAACUGUAAAACCCCAAAGUACCUUUACUUUGGCCGCUUUAUUGCCGAGUCAUGUCGCAAUGAAGCCAAGAAGACGUUUGACCUCAAGAAAAGGCAUUACAUCAGCACUACAUCCAUGGACGCCGAGCUCACACUGUUGACGGCUAACAUCGCACACGUGUCACCCGGGAAGUUGUUUUAUGACCCUUUUAUGGGCACGGGCGGCUUCCCGAUAGCAUGCGCUCACUUCGGAGCAGUGGUGUUUGGGAGUGACAUCGACGGACGCACCAUCCGCGGCCUUGGAGGAAGCGCAAGAAGGGGACAGACCGGAAAAUAUGACGUGGUCGGCAACUUCAAGCAGUAUGAUAUGGAGUCAAGUUAUCUGGGCGCGUUCGUUUCUGAUCUGACAAACACACCACUGAGAAUACCGCCACCUGAGAAAGGCAUUACGACAGGCUAUCUCGAUGGUAUCGUCUGUGACCCACCUUACGGUAUCCGAGAAGGACUCAAGGUUCUGGGAUCCCGGCAAGCGCUUCUUGACGUCGAGAGGCAAUCUCACCAAGACCAGUUCAAGGAGCCCGGGUACAUACCCCCGAAGCGGCCUUACUCCUUCACCGCGCUGCUCGAUGACAUACUAGCCUUUGCAGUCGCUACGCUAGUGGAAGAUGGUCGAAUCAGCAUGUGGAUGCCAACUGCGAAUGACGAGGACAUCGAGCUGAUUAUACCGUCACAUCCCUGUCUCGAACUGACAUCAGUCUGCGUCCAGGCCUUCAACAAGUGGUCACGCAGACUACUGACGUAUCGACGGCGCCGUGAUUCGGAGGUGCCUGAGGGUGCGUUUGAGAUGGCUAAGAAAGAGUAUGAGAAAGGUACUAGAGCAAGUGAGUUGAACGACUUCCGAAGAAAAUAUUUCCAGGGAUUCAAAGAGUUUGAGAGUAUGAAGAAGGAGUUUAUUAGGAUGAAGGUAGAGUCUAAAAGCAGUGGGGAGGCGCCUAGUACUGCAGAGGCGCCUAAUGCUGUGAAGGAGGAUGAUACCAAAACAUAA